GAAAACACGAUUCAGAUCAGGAUUAGAGUUGCCACCACUGUUCAUCUACGCCUGUGUUUCUGUAUGUUCAUGUGCCGAGGAUAAAUCCUACUUCAAGGAAACGUUUGGGUAGCGAAACACGCAGACAAGAUGGGCUCAAGCGCGAAAAGAAAGAAGGAAAAGAAACAGGAUUUCCAGAAAACUAAACUCAAAGUUGGCAAAACGAAGCCAAAGGCUGCCAAUUUCACAGACACAAGCUUUAAAGCCAAAUCAAUCGUCUUGACGCAACAAUCGAUAUCUGCAAAUGCACCUACUGUCGCUGCACAGUGUGCACAUCAUCUUGGUCUACUCACGCACAAAUCUGAUAACCAAAGACGCGACUCUCUUUCUUAUUUGACAACCGCAAUUGCGACCAAUCUUCCCGGCACUCCACUUCCCCAACCGGCCUCAGUCAUCAUUCCCGCAGUCCAAAGAUUGAUUCUGGAUGGAACUAACUCCGUCCGCCAGCAGCUUUUGAAGCUCUUGCAAGUUCUUCCAAAGGCAGAUAUCGCCGGUCACAGCGAUCAGCUCCUGCUUCAUACCCGAGCAGGUAUGACGCAUCUAUCCACGGAUAUUAGAAUAUUCGCGCUGGACGUCCUUGAAUGGCUGCUUUCGAUAGCGGGCGAUGAAGUUGUCAGUUGCGCGGGCGGAUGGGUGAAGAUGCUGAAAUGUUUCCUUGGCCUCCUGGGCUGGCAGAGCGAGGUCGUCGGCAAGUGGUCUGCGCCGAAAUCGUUUGGCAAGUCUGGAGGUGACGCCAAAGUGCAAGUCAAGCAAAUGAACGCAUUAAGCUCUUUCCUCAGGGCAGGAUUGGUACCAUCACAGACAACGCCGCAGGGCUCGUCAGGGGGACAAAGUUUUCCUCUGUGGCAAAUUGAGCAUCACAAAUUGUCCGACCGCUCGAACGCAUUCGCACAUUUGAAUCUAUUCGGAUCUGCACGAGACGAGGAAGCUGAGAUGUAUGAAGAUAGGGAAGAUAGGCAACGAGUGUUCCACGAUCGCGCGAAGGCUGCCGUUACUGUAGGACUCGAUAUUGCCACCAAGGGUGGUGGCGAGCUCGGAAGAGCUGCUGCUCAGAUGCGGAAAGUUGUACGUGAAGGAAUGUCGGAUUAUCACGGAGAAGAAACAAUUGCAUAGGUACUUUGCCUUCCAGGAGUCAAGGAGCGUAUGGUCGAAAUUAUUUAAUACCCAAAUUAGUGCUGAAUAUAUUUACCG